UCCCUUCCCGGGAAAGGUAGCCGUUAACGUUCUCUCCCAAUUCGAAUUUUCAAAAACCUCUCCACAAGACAAAACCUCUUUUGUAACGUAUCCCACUCAUCCUUUUCUUUCUUAGAACGAAACAGUUCGAAUGCAAAUACUAAAAAAAGAACAAUCAUAAUCACUAGCUACCCAGAGAAAGAAUUGCUUUCUGCAACCCUGUAAAGCCAUUCUUUCCUCCAUUUCUCCAAUUCUUGUUCAUAUACCUUUCCCGGCUUCAUUUCUUCAAUAUAAACGCAAACCCAGGAAGCAAAAAUCAAAGCCUAAUUGAACUUUGAAGCUCACGACAUUAAUCAUCAUGUCACUGAGCCCUCCUCGAGUCCGAAACAAUGGCGCUCCCAGGACCUACCCGCUCCACUGGUGCUACCAGUGCCACCGUACGGUCAGGGUCUACUCCACAAACCCAUCGGACAUCGUUUGCCCACGUUGUUUCGGGCAGUUCAUAAGUGAGAUUGACACAACCAGGCCUAGGCUCGUUGUUGAUUUCACCGAUUUCGAUCCCUCCCCGGAAGCCCGUUUACUCGAGGCCCUUUCUCUCAUGCUCGACCCUCCAAUCAGGCGCUUCAAUCAUGUCGCGCACAACCCGGAAACAGAAUUUCCCGACCGUCCCUGGUUCCCGCAGCUGAGAAGUCGUCUGGACCCAGAAACCGAAACUGGAGCCCAGCGGCGUUCAAGGCGGUCGCGCCGCAGUUUGGAUGGGAGAGAGAGCUCGGACCCAGAACCUGGAAUUCAUGGCCGGCCACGUACUUGGAUUGUUCUUAGACCUCUGGAUCCUUUCAGACCCAUUUUACACCCUGAAAAUCCAGUACCGCCACGGGUUGAUCCUAGAAACUACUUUCUCGGGCCGGGCCUAAACGAAUUUAUCGAGCAACUGACUCAAAAUGACCGGCCGGGGCCGCCUCCUUUACCCGAUUCGGCAAUCAACACAAUACCAACCGUGAAAGUCAUGGCGGACCACCUGACCAACGACUCGCAUUGCCCCGUGUGCAAGGAGGAGUUCAAGGUUGGUGGGGAAGCGAGGGAAUUGCCUUGCAAGCAUAUAUACCACUCUGAAUGCAUUGUUCCUUGGCUGCGGCUUCACAAUUCUUGUCCGGUUUGCCGGCACGAGCUGCCCGCACCUUGUCAAGAAGAUGCUCGAGAAAAUGACUCUGAGACUGAGCAUAUUCAUGUUAGAGAGAGCAGCAGACGCUGGUGCUGGAGGUGCUUGAGAUUGAACCAAUUGUCCUCUAUGUGGCCCUUCCGUGCAAGAUACCGACCGGUAAAUCUACACGGUGAUCAUGAACAUGUCGGUACUUCUCGAAGUGGAUUAAGCUGAUUUAUGUAGAUUAUAAUGCCUUUCAACACUUGCAACCUCACAGAGGUUUACCAAAAGCCCAGUGACUUGGGUAACAAUGAAGUUCACUGGAGUAUCCCGUCUCUACUACGUGAAGGGGAAUUGUUGUGAAAGUACUGCAUUUACCAUGUAAAUGAAAAGUUAUGUAAA